ACAAGUUUGUUUAGUUCAGUGUGUCAGUCAAUAUGUACUGUAAGGGUAAGUCUAAAAAAUAUUUCAAAACAAAUAUUUACUAGUAGUAAAUUCAAAGUAAAUAAAUAAUUGUAUUGGUGCCUUCCUUAAAUUCUUUGGUCAUAUAAGAAAUAAGCAAAAUGAGAAAACAUUAAUAAUCAUGCUAUUUCUUUAUUCAGGUUGAUGACCCCCAAACAGGAAGGUAACAGGACAACUCAUCCCCAAGACAACUCAUCCCCAAGACAACUCAUCCCCAAGACAUCUCAUCCCAAGACAACUCAUCCCCAAGACAACUCAUCCCCAAGACAUCUCAUCCCAAGACAACUCAUCCCCAAGACAUCUCAUCCCAAGACAACUCAUCCCAAGACAUCUCAUCCCAAGACAUCUCAUCCCAAGACAACUCAUCCCAAGACAUCUCAUCCCAAGACAUCUCAUCCCAAGACAACUCAUCCCAAGACAACUCAUCCCCAAGACAUCUCAUCCCAAGACAACUCAUCCCCAAGACAUCUCAUCCCAAGACAACUCAUCCCAAGACAUCUCAUCCCAAGACAUCUCAUCCCAAGACAACUCAUCCCAAGACAUCUCAUCCCAAGACAUCUCAUCCCAAGACAACUCAUCCCAAGACAUCUCAUCCCAAGACAACUCAUCCCAAGACAACUCAUCCCCAAGACAUCUCAUCCCAAGACAACUCAUCCCAAGACAUCUCAUCCCAAGACAUCUCAUCCCAAGACAACUCAUCCCCAAGACAUCUCAUCCCAAGACAACUCAUCCCAAGACAUCUCAUCCCAAGACAUCUCAUCCCAAGACAACUCAUCCCAAGACAUCUCAUCCCAAGACAACUCAUCCCCAAGACAACUCUUCCCAAGACAUCUCAUCCCAAGACAUCUCAUCCCAAGACAUCUCAUCCCAAGACAACUCAUCCCAAGACAUCUCAUCCCAAGACAACUCAUCCCCAAGACAACUCUUCCCAACUUGAAAUAUAACGUAAUUUUAUACAAUAAAUUUCAACCUUUGAAAGAGUAUUUGAAUAUUGAAUAUUUUAGAGAUUUUAGCAGUAAGUACAUUGUGUUUGACCCUGGAAUAUCUUUUGUAUUUUGAGUUAGUUUAGUCUAGCUUUAGUUAAUUUUAUUGAUCGAUUGGGAUAAAGAUAAACAUGUUCAAAUUAAUAUAUACUUUGAUUAUUAAAUCAAAGAUCAUCAAAGGUGUCAAAUUAGGAUUAACGCAAUAAGAAUGUAUUAUCUGGGGUAUUAUCAGAAUAAUUCCCCCAGAUUAAUUCAGUCUUUGUUUUAAAAUAUUUUGCUUAAUUCCAAUAUGUCAUAUUUGGCUUAUUCUUUAAUAAGAUUU